CUGCUUGUCAUCGCCGGCUUUGCUGUCAAUUACACUUUAAUUUUCUCUGAAACAAUUUUUUACCUUUGACUAAAUAAAUUACUAAACAUAUUUAAUAAUCGCUGUUAAAAUGUCAAAUAACACCAAUUUAACAGUAGCUGUGGUCUGUUCCUCCAAUAUGAAUCGUUCAAUGGAGGCACAUCAUUUUCUAGCGAAGAAGGGCUUCAAUGUGCGUUCCUUUGGUACGGGUGAACGUGUAAAAUUGCCGGGCACAGCCAUUGACAAACCAAAUGUUUAUGAAUUUGGUACUCCAUACGACAGUAUAUACCAGGAUCUUUUAACAAAAGAUAAGCAAUAUUACACACAGAACGGUUUACUGCACAUGCUCGAUCGUAAUCGAAGGAUUAAAAAAUGUCCUGAACGUUUUCAGGAGUGCAAAGAACAGUUCGAUAUUAUAGUGACUGUGGAGGAGCGCGUAUACGACCAAGUUCUCGAACACAUGGAAUCAUGUGAUCCCAUCGAUAAUCGUCCCGUGCAUGUCUUCAAUGUCGAUAUCGAGGAUAAUCAUGAAGAGGCUUUAAUGGGUGCUUUUCUCAUAACGGAUAUGAUAAAUAUGAUGGCGAAAUCAAAUGAUCUGGAUAAUGAUAUUGACGAACUGUUGCAGGAAUUUGAAUCUCGUCGUAAUAAAACUGUUUUGCAUUCGGUGCUUUUCUACUGACAAUUGUUCAAAUUGUAGAUGGAAAUUCAAAUACGAGUACGUCUGCGUUGCAAAAAUAUAAAAUGGAAAUCACUAAGUGUGUUGUUGUCAUAAUUUGUAUUGUUAACGCAAAAAAGCCAAACGGUGGAAAAGAUAUCCUAUAAUUGUAUGUAAAAUUACUAUAAAAAUAAGAUUAAAAAAAAGUGAAA